AGAUACAGCCUACUGAUAUGAAAUCACCAAGUGAGAUACAGCCUACUGAUAUGAAAGCACCAAGUGAGAUACAGCCUACUGAUAUGAAAGCACCAAGUGAGAUACAGCCUACUGAUAUGAAAGCAUCAAGUGAGGUACAGCAUACUGAUAUGAAAGCACCAAGUGAGAUACAGCCUACUGAUAUGAAAUCACCAAGUGAGAUACAGCCUACUGAUAUGAAAGCACCAAGUGAGAUACAGCCUACUGAUAUGAAAGCACCAAAUGAGAUACAGCCUACUGAUAUGAAAGCAGCAAUUGAGACAGCGGCAGCAGAAAUGAAUCCAUCAGAUAUUAAAGCACCAACUGAGAUGAUAGCACCAAGUGAGACAAAAACUACAAGUAGGACAGCACCGAUCAAGACUAAAGCAGCUUCCAAUGUGAGAGCGCCAAGUGAGACAGAGACAACAGAAACCAAAGUGCCAAGUGAGAUAGAGCCAACCAAUAAGACAUCACCAAGCCAGCCAAUCAAGACAAAGGUGCCAACCAAUAUGAAAGGUCCAGGUGAGACCGAACCAAUGGAAACGAAAGCGCCAAGUGAGAUGAAACUGCCAAGUGAGAUAGAAUCAAGCGAGACAAAAGCCAGAACUGACCUGAAAGUGCCGACUGAAAUAGAAUCAAGUGAAACAAAAACCAGAACUGACCUGAAAGUGCAGACUGAAAUAGAAUCAAGUGAGACAAAAGCCAGAACUGACCUGAAAGUGCUGACUGAGAUAGAAUCAAGCGAGACAAAAGCCAGAACUGACCUGAAAGUGCUGACUGAAAUAGAAUCAACUGAGAUGGAAGUGCUUAGUGAGACAGUGGCAAGCAAUAAGAUAGCACCAAGCCAGCCAAUGGAGUCAGAGCCACCUGAGACACCAACCAAUGUGAAAGCUCCAAGUGAGACUGAGCCUCGUGAGACGAAAGCUGCAACCGAUGUGAAAACGGCAAAUGAGAAGAAAGCGAUACCUGAUAUGAAAGUGCCCAUUGAGAUAGAAUCAAAUGAGACGAAAACGAUAUCUGAUAUGAAAGUGCCCAUUGAGAUAGAAUCAAAUGAGAUGAAAGCAAUACCUGAUACGAAAGUGCCCACUGAGAUAGAAUCAAAUGAAACGAAAGUGAUACCUGAUAUGAAAGUGCCCAUUGAGAUAGAAUCAAAUGAGAUGAAAGCAAUACCUGAUACGAAAGUGCCCACUGAGAUAGAAUCAAAUGAAACGAAAGUGAUACCUGAUAUGAAAGUGCCCAUUGAGAUAGAAUCAAAUGACACGAAAGCGAUACCUGAUAUGAAAGUGCCCAUUGAGAUAGAAUCAAAUGAAACGAAAGCGAUACCUGAUAUGAAAGUGCCCAUUGAGAUAGAAUCAAAUAAGAUGAGAGCAGCAAGUGAUACCAAACCUAGUAAGACGGACAUACCAGCAGAGAGGAAAGUGUCAAGUAAGGCGAUUGCACCAACGGAGACAGCAGCAACCAACAAGACAGCACCAAGCCAGCCAAUUGAGACAGAAUCACCUGAAACAAAGCUGCCAACCGAUAUGAAAUCGACUAGUGAGACACAAUCACCAACUGAUAUGAAAUCGACUAGUGAGACACAAUCACCAACUGAUAUGAAAUCGACUAGUGAGACACAAUCACCAACUGAUAUGAAAUCGACUAGUGAGACACAAUCACCAACUGAUAUGAAAUCGACUAGUGAGACACAAUCACCAACUGAUAUGAAAUCGACUAGUGAGACACAAUUAUCAACUGAUAUGAAAGCAUCGAAUGAGACAGAAGAGCAGACCUCUGCACCAACAGGGAAUGCCAGCUCUGUGUUUUCAUCUUCUGAUUCAGAGCUUCACAGAGCAGGGACGGAGUUUUGUCUUUUAGUGCUCAACAGUACUGGCUGCUCAGACAGCAACUCCACAGCUGACCUCUUCAAACCCCCAACCAGGAGAGGCACUGUCAAGGUGUGGAGGCUGCCCCAGCUAUCUCUCCGGCCAGGGCCACCGGGACCACCGGGGCCCUAUGGACCCCCAGGGCCACCGGGACUGAAGGGAGACAAAGGCUAUCACGGUGUGAUGGGGCGGACUGGCAGGACGGGCGACCGUGGCCCCAUCGGCCCUCCAGGGAUGCCCGCCAUCUUGGUGUGGAAGAACUCUGAGGAGGAGUGGCAGGCUUUCAAAAAAAGAAAAUUUUACAAAAAUCUCAUUGCAAAUUGGCCUAAGCGGAAGGGACCCCCAGGGCCAUACGGACCUCAAGGGGAGCCUGGACCCCUGGGCUCUCCUGGCAUUCCUGGCAAGCAAGGGCCGAAAGGGGAGCGAGGGAAAAUUGGUAAUCCCGGACCCCCGGGUUUGCCUGGACCCCCAGGCCGGCCAGGGAGAGACGGGCUUCCUUUGACAGACGCAGAGCCAGGGCCACCAGGGUUCCCUGGAGAGAAGGGUCCAAAGGGAUAUAAAGGGGAGCGAGGAAAUCCUGGAGAGGUGGGCGAGCCGGGAUACGAAGGGGAACCUGGGCCGCAGGGGCACAAAGGCAGAAAAGGCAUAAUGGGUGAGAAAGGAGACCAGGGACUUGUUGGCGGGCCAGGGUAUCUUGGUUUAAUGGGACCCAGAGGACCCAGAGGAUUCCUUGGACCGACUGGACCUCGUGGUGAAGCUGGUGAGGCAGGCUUUUCAGGGCCUCCUGGAGCAUUGGGUGUCUCUGGGCCGAGAGGAAUGAAAGGCGUGCCAGGGGUGAAUGGAGCUCAGGGUCAGCCAGGAGCCAUGGGGCCACGCGGACCAAGGGGGCUGCCAGGAGAGGCUGGGAGCGAUGGCAUGCGGGGCCUUGUCGGAGGGCCUGGACCUCAGGGGAAGCCAGGAAGGGAGGGCCCCCGGGGACAGAAGGGGAACACAGGAGAGCCCGGGGAAGCUGGUGUGAUUGGGGACCCUGGAGGUAGUGGAGCCGCGGGCACCCCCGGGAAAGCUGGAAAGACUGGUCCCUCAGGUGAUCCAGGGCUGAAAGCAUCGAAAGGGGCGAAAGGAGAUCCAGGAUUCAAGGGGGACCCAGGCCCUCCAGGGCCACGGGGCAGGAAGGGGUUCAAAGGAAGAACCGGCCCUUCAGGCUUUCCUGGGGUUAUGGGAGUGAAUGGUGCCCCAGGGCUCCCAGGGCCAACGGGUUAUGAAGGCGCAAUGGGAGAACCUGGCAAACUGGGGAGAGAUGGGUCGAAGGGUUAUAGAGGUCUUUCUGGGGCGCAAGGAUUUCCUGGACCUCGGGGAGAGAAGGGCCGUAUGGGGCGUAGAGGCUUUUCUGGGCUGCCAGGAACGAUGGGGGAAGUGGGGAAGCCUGGAGCUCCUGGUCUGCAAGGAGCCCCUGGUAUUAAGGUUCCUGUGUACUUCAGAUUUUUAUUCAUUUACUUCUGGGUCUGGGUAUGCAGGAUUAAGUGUUAG